AAUGGAGCAGAAAUCUACAUUAAGCUUUUGAGCCCUAAUAUUCAUUGUUUCCAUGCUUUGUGGGAUAGUUGUAGGCGAAUCAAAAGACAAGCAGAAUGGAUCAUUUGUUACCUCAAAUGGAACCAACAGCUCUGGUGAUUCCUCAAUUCUAAAGCAUGGAACUACCCUGAUCAAGGACAAUUUCUACAAUCUCACUGGUCUUGAGUUCCUUGAUGGAAGAGUCUUAGAUUAUUACGGCAAAGCUAACCAGCAAUGGCUCAUCGAAUUCCAAGACGAAGUAAUCAAAAAUGAAUAUGGAUCUAAACAAAAUGACAAUUUGGAAUAUCUCUACAAGAUUUCAGACACUCUUAAAAGAAGGAAAGUUAAGAUUGGGAUAAUAGACUGCAACAAACAGAUCUCUAUGGAAUCUCUCAAAGAGAUCAAUCAGACCGAGGUCAACAUAAACUUAACAUUAACAAAUAUUGAGAACGAUAUGAUGCAAAGUAGGAUGAACUAUGGCUGCACUAGAUUCAAAAUGAAUCCUAAAUAUCGGACUCUAGUGUACCUUGAGGAAUCAAAUGCAUACGAAUAUGUUGGUGAAUUUGAAGUUUCCAAAGUGACUGACUACAUCAUCAAGAAAGAGUAUUUCAGAGACUACAACAAAAACCUCAGAGUGCAUAAUAUCCCUGCUACUGCAGAAGCAUAUAGGAGCAUGAAGAAGCACAUUGAUUUAAUGAAGCAAAAGACCACUGGCCAGAUCAUCAACCUUGCCAAGAAGAAUUGGGUUUAUAUAUUGAUAUUUCUCAUUAUAAUGGCCGUCACUGGAGUAUUCCUCUUCAGAAGUAUAAUGAACCUAUUCCAACCAAUGGAGAAUGACAAUGAAAACGAUGAGCAGGAUGAUUGCCAAAACUGCCAUAGAAGACCCAGGCUUAAAGAAAGGUACAGACUUGAACAAGAGAAGAUAAAGAAGGAAGGCAAACAAAAAAUUGAUUAAUUCAG